GAAGUUUGUACCAGUUUGUACCCAUUGGUUUGCACAUCUUGAUUAUUAAUCUGUUCUUCUCAGCCAUUUUAUUUUACUCUGUGUGCAGUGUUUUCGCAAACGAAAGCAAUGGCAAGUAGAUUGUUCGCAAGUCGCUUGCGACCUAUUAUUCAAAUUCAAAAAUGCAGAAUAAUGACAGUAGACAGGAUUGGUAACAGGGAUGUGGUUGGAUUUGGAUACAACGGUGAACCUGUCUACGUGGACAGAGUAGACUUUCCUUGUCCUGCGAUACGUUGGAAGGAAAAUACUCCCGAUGUUAUGGCAUUGAGGGAGAAAGAGAAGGGAGAUUGGAAGAAGCUGUCUGUUGAAGAGAAAAGAGCUCUAUACCGCGCUAGUUUUCGUCAAACGUUUAGUGAAAUUGAUGCACCAACGGGAGAAUGGAAAGGCAUUCUUGGAAUGUGUAUGGUACUGAUAAGCUCUGCCAUUUGGCUAUUCUUAUAUUUCAAAACAUUCGCAUACCCAGAGUUGCCGGAAACGUUCUCGCUAGAACGCCGAUUAGCACAGUUAGACCGCAUGAAGAAGCUUGAUAUGAAUCCGAUUGAUGGGCUCUGCGCUCGAAAGUAAAUUCAAUUUGCUUCUACUCGUAUUAUUAGUCAUUGUGUACAGUAAUUCUUUCCCUAAGCACCUAUCUAUGUAUAUGUGCAAGUGACAAAAUUUAAAUAAAUAUUAUGUCGUAUAUUAGAA